ACAACACUCGGUACUCCACGCUCUUCAUUCAAUCCACAAUGUUCGCAGCAUACACCGUACCUGCUCUCAGCUUCGACCCGACCGUAUUCCACCCACACUAUCGGCGGCAGCCAACAAGACUCGACGCCAUGUACGUCGCCGCUCUGGAGCAGGAGCGCAGGAGGCAGGAGGAAGAGGCGUACUAUUACCAGGAGAUAGCCAGACGCCAGGAGAUAGCUAGACGACGGCGCGCGGAGAAAGAGUACCAGGAAGCCAGCCGGAGACGCGUUAUGCAGAUCCAGGCGCUGCACGAGCAUAGACGCCGCGAGCAGCUGGAGAGGAUGCGCCGGCAGCAGGAGGAAGCCGAAUACACUCAGCUGUUGAGCGCUAUGAAGAGAGUACAGGCUUACACACACUCGCGAGAUGGAUGGUAUUCCAGUCAGAGGGAAGAUCACGCACGCCAACAUGUCCAUGGAGCUCAGCAAUCGCGGGAAGGUGUGUUCGUGACCCUCGGAGACCUGCUCAACUCCUUGUACGAAUCUCCAACGCCCGAGUCAGCAGCUACCCAAGCGGAUGUCAAGGGCAAAGGGAAAGCCAAGGAACCACUUCCGUCUACUAUAGAUGAGGAAGUCGAUUUGGACCGUCUCACCGCGCAAAUCAAGGAAGAACUCCAAGACCAACUGUGCCGCGGGCGGGACGAGGACAUGGCUGAAACUCUGCGGGACCUGGUUGACGGUAUCAGCGUUCACACACGCAGCUCAGAGGCACCAGAAGAGGGAAAGCCGGCGCAAGAGAACCGGGAGGAAGGGCCUUCGAAGUCGUUGAAAGAGCGGCUCCGGGAGCGCCUGGAGAUGGAGCAGGACCCGGAGAUCCGACGGGACAUCCGGGACCUUCUAUCGGCCCUCGCAGCUACCCAAGAGACGAUGAGCGCACGUGUCAAGGGGAGGGCAAGAGAAAUUGAUGCUGAAGUUGGGUCGCCUACGCCCGAAGUGAAGCCACGGGGUACUCCUGCCACACCCACAACUGACAGGGAGACUGCGGCAUCAACUAUCCUGAAGUUCUACCGCUCCUACCGCACACGGCUCGCCUCUUUCAAGACCAUCGGCGAGAUACAAGCGUCCCUCCGGUCACUCGAGGCAGCCUUCACUCUGCCUCCCCACCUCGACUUCCUCCCCUCCCCUUCCACUGAAGAAUACAAGCUGGCGUACACCUCAAACAACACGGCCCUUCUGAUGUACGAGCACGCGCUGAAUGGAUUGCUUGGCAAGCUGGACGAGGUGGAGAGCGGCGGGGAUGAUAAAGUCAGGGGACGGAGACGGAGCGUUGUAAGGGAGGUGGAGAGGGCGCUGGAGAGUCUCGGUGAUAUGGUGAAGCAGAUGUGGGACGCGACACAGGUUGCCGAGGAGGAGGGGCAUGAGGUGUUCACUCCGAUCGUAGAGAACACUCAGGCCACAGAGCAGGAUCAGCAGCCCCAUUCUUCUCCCAUGCAGGUUGCCGGCGAAGAGCGGGAGAAGGUGGCCGUCGCUGUCGAGGACUCUCAAAGCACCGUUGUGGCUGCAGUGCAACUCGACGAGGAGCAAGGGAAGGUGACCAUUCCCAUUAGAGAGGGCGAUCCGACGAGUCCGGCCGAGCUUGGACCCCAGAUUGAUGUGCCAGGGGAGCCAGCUAUCGUGACAGAGCACGCAGAGGUAUCACAAGCAGACCAUGGUGCUGGGGAUCACUCCGCAAAGUCUGCGCCGGACACCGUGGCGUCCGAUGGAGGCGAAGUCUCCGAGACUAAGACAGACGGACCGUCUGGUACCCUGCUCGACGGCCCUGAAGAAAGCGUGCAGCCUCCCACUGACAGCGAAGACCAGCCUCCGAGCACACAGGAUGAACCCGAGCUCGAAAGGUCUUCCCAGGAGUCCGAAGACGUUCAAUACGCGCUUGAAACAUUGGAUGGCGUCCCCCACGCCGAAGUCGCCAGUCAACAAAAGAAACUGGAACCGGCGGAUGCUCAACCGCCGUCGACGGCUUCCGAAAAGCCCGUCGAGAACACGCCGACCGCGGCGAUGUCGAUCCAACCCAGCAGUAGACCGGAGACAAGGGAGAACUCUGCGCAGACUGAGGAGGACGUGGCAGUCGCUCCUAUCGCAUCUGCCGCAGCCUCGACUGAACAAGGUGCCGGGAACUUCGAUACGGAUGCACAGGUGGACACGUUCUUGCUACCCGCCCGGAAGGCAGAGUCAGACUCGACCACUGGUAUUGAGUCGGACAGUGAUGAUAUGGUAGUUGUGAAGGAAGAUAAGGACCGAGAUGAGAGCAGCGAAUGGUCGGAGGUGGAGGGGUAGGCAUAAUUCGUGGGCAGGAGUGGCAGGUUCCGGCAGGAUAUUGAUGUACAUAUUUCCUCCCAGUCGAUAAUGGCACUGCGUGAGCAUUUGCAGAGGACUGUAGGAUACAUGAAUCGGUAUGCCUUGUACAUCCACGUGCACCGGUCGAGUUGCGAGUGAAUUCUGCAUUGCGCAGCACGGUGUUACGCAUAUGUGAUAGGGC